GCGAGUAAAACCUCGUGCGUGACCGCACCGGAGCCCACUCACCCUGCGUCGCACCGUGCCGCGCCGCGGAUGUACGCAUCAUCCUCGCACCCACCUAUAUAUACAAUACACGCGUCCGACGUAACCACACGAGUCAGGUGGGCGGCGCAGCGCCACCGAUCGACCACCCAUCGGUCGAUCGAUCAAACGGGCAGCAGCACAAGCAUCACACGCCCCUCGCGCCCGCACCCACACCGGGCUCGCCUCGCCUCCCUCUCGAGCCAGCCAGCCACAGCCUCCCUCCCCUCCCUCCGCCGGCCCGCCCGCCCGCCGCGGGGAUGUCGACGACGCGCCGCCGCCCGCCGCCGCCUCCGCCGGCGUGGACGCCUGAGCCGUGGAGCGACGGCGAGACGUCCGCGCUGCUCGACGCCUGGGGCCCGCGCCACCUCCGCGCCCGCGGCGGCGCGCUCCGCCCCGCCGACUGGCGCGCCUGCGCCGCCGCCGUCACCUCCCGCCGCGCCGCGGACGGCCGCGCGCCGCGCACCGUCGACCAGUGCAAGAACCGUGUCGAUUACCUCAAGAAGCGCCUCAGGGCCGAGCGCGCCAGGCCCAAGGGGGCCCCGCCGCCGGUCGCGGGGUGGCUCGGCCGCCUCCGCGCGCUGCUGCAGCUCGCCCCCUCCGCUCCUCCCGGGUUCGCGCACCGCCUCAGCGCCACGACGGGGAAGGUGAAGGACGACGACGACGACGAGAAGGCGAGCGGCGGGGCUCCUCUGCCCCGCGACUGGCCGCCGGUGCCGAAGCGGCCGAGGACGGCGGUGUCGCUGUCGCCGUUGAGCGCCGCCUCUGGGGAGCACCCCGAAGGCGGCGGGAGGAGCUGCACGGAAGUGGCGGCGGCUCUGGACAGGCUUGCUGGGACGUACGAGCGGGUGGAGGCAGCGAAGCAGAGGGAGGCGACGCGGCUGGAGGAGCGGCGCCUCGAGGCGAUGCGCGAUCUCGAGAUCGAGAGCAUGCGCCUACUCGUCGACGUCGCCGUCACCUCCUCCGUCGGUCUCGACGGCGCCGCCGCCGCCGUAACCGCCGGCGGCGACUUCUAGUUGAUAAGCUAGGAUAAUAGACUGGCCAAGGUAGCCAAAAUCAACAUUCCAGCCUAUUUUAUGUAUUUCUCUCAGAGAGAUGAUGGCAUCGUGGAGAUAGAAGUCAGUUGAUGUGAUGCCCUUACGAAAAGUUAAAUCGGUUUAGGUUACAGGAAAAGCUUAGCCAGAUAUAGGAUAGCACAUGGUGAGAUUUUUAAGUUCACUGAUUGCAGGUUUGCAGCAACUGAGAAAACAGAGAGAGGCUUAAUAGCCUGAAAAGUAUGUGUUAAUGUUAGCGAUUCAGGCUUCACUUUGGUAACUAGUGCUGCAAUCCCUCCUGGUUUUCAGUUGUCCGGCUGCUUAGUUGCGGAAUCAAUCCAGUACAUAUAAUAUUUGGAUAUUACUGCUCUUGUUUAAGGUCCUCGGUCCUUAUUCAUCACUCCGCUAAUGAUUGGCAACGUGCUUUUCUGGGCGCAGUUUUUGAAAGAUUC